AUGGCCCCGACGGCGAAUCCCCGGCACCGGGUGCCUUAUUACACCCCGGCCCAAACCCCGCCGGUGGGAACCCCGCUCACCACCGAGAACCUGCCGACUCUGUUCAAACCCCUCAAGAUCCGUGGCGUGACCCUCCACCAUCGAUUUGCCGUGAGCCCCAUGUGCACAUAUGGCUCCGAUGACGGCCACGUAAGCGACUGGCACCUGGUCCACAUCGGCCAGUUCGCCCUCCACGGUGCCGGCCUCGUCAUCAUGGAAGCCACCGCCGUAGAACCCCGCGGCCGCAUCUCACCCGAGUGCGCCGGCCUCUGGGCGGACAGCCACAUCGCCCCCUUCCGGCGCAUCACCGACUUCGUCCACAGCCAAGGCCAAAAGAUUGGCCCCGAUCGCCUGACGGACGGGUGGCCUGUGCCUAACGAGUUGACCGUGGAGCAGAUUCGGGGACUGGUGCAGAGCUUUGCCGCUGCCGCUCGUCGCGCGGUCGCUGCUGGAUUCGAUGUGAUCGAGAUCCACGGUGCCCAUGGGUACUUGGUUACCGAAUUCCUGUCGCCGGUCACCAACCAACGCACCGACCAAUACGGAGGCAGCUUCGAGAACCGCACCCGCUUCAUCACGGAAAUCAUCCAAGCCAUCCGCGCCGUCAUUCCCGAGGACAUGCCCCUCUUCCUCCGCGUCUCGGGCACCGAGUGGCUCGAGUACACGGACCGGCCCUCGUGGGACAUCGAAUCCACCAUCCGCCUCGCCAAGACCCUCCCCGCCCUCGGCGUCGACCUCAUCGACGUCAGCUCCGCCGGGAACAACCUCAAGUCCAGGAUCCCCGUCGGCGAUCCCUUUUACCAGUCCGACUUGUCCGGCAAGAUCCGCGCCGCCAUCCGCGCCGAUGGCCUGAACCUUCUCGUCGGCGCCGUGGGCAUGAUCAACAUCCCUGAGCGCGCGAGGUUGACGGUCCAGGACGGGCCCCUCGGCGGCGAGAACGGCGCGAACGGCGAGGAUGCCGGCGCCCCCGCGCUGAUCUCUGCUUCGUGGGACCAGCUCGUGUUUGCCGGUGAGGUGCAGGACGUGUUGCGCGGUUUCGUGAUGGCGCUGGCGGGAGCUUAUCAGAACCCGCCAACUUUGGACCCAGACGCCGAACAAGUCAACUUGAGCGUCGAUGAUCUGUCACAACAGAUGGUCGGCGACUACCCCGAGGAGUCGGCGACCUGGGCCUGUCCAAGCGGGGACAGCUUAGCCCUCUCAACGCUGGAGGUGCCCGCUAGACGAAUCAUCGCCGCGUCUCUUUCGAGGUCCCCGAAACUACGACACAUCAUUGAUGAAUUUUGCACUCUACCACCAGAGUACUGCGAGUAUGGCGGUACCGUGAAGAAGUGUCAGCAGUGGCUGGAAGAUGCCCACCCCGACUUGUACAAGCAAAUCUGGUCCGCCGAGGCUCUCGAAGCGGCCACCGCUUCCCUUUCCGUCGAUGCCCAAAAGCGCGCGGCCAAGGAUGCUCAGAAGAAGGCCGCCAAAGCCGAGGCUGCCCUACAGAAGCAAGCAGACAAGCUCGCCAACAGUCUCGUGACCAUUAAGCGAAUCGAGCGAAACAAGAAGAAGUUUGUCACGUCCGUGUCCGGACUCGAGGCGUUCGGCCUAGAUUUGAAGAAGAUCGCCAAGGAGUUUGGUAAGAAGUUCGCGACUGGUUCCUCGGUAACCAAGACUCCCAGUGGUGGAGAGGAGAUUGUUGUACAAGGCGACGUCAGCCCCGAAAUUGAGGAGCUCUUGUUAGAGCACUACAAGGAGAUUCCCUCCGACAAUAUCGAGCUAGUCGAUGACAAGAAGAAGAAGAAGGCUCCGGGGUAG